AUGGAGGGUCCCCUGAAGGAGCUCACUAAAUUGGAGAAAUUGUCCAAUGGAAAGGCUCCUUCAAUCCUUGAUUCCCUAGAUGCUUUGCUUCGUUCACUUCAAGAUGCCAAAGAGGCGAUUCAGGCGGGUGAUACAUAUGAGCCCCUGCAACCGCUCGCCCAGGUGGUAGAGAUGAGAAAGAAAGAGGUCGACGAUCGACAGAAGGAGGUAUACUCUACACUAUCUCGCUUCGGGAAGGCUUUAGACAAGAAAUUCCCAACAUCGCUCCCGACUUACUCUGGCACUUUCUCUUCUCAAUCUUCCAAACAUGCAAUAGAACGCACAGUGGCUUUACAUCUCUUGCGGACGGGUCAAUUCGAUGCUGCCGAAAUAUUUAUUCAAGAAUCCGGAGUAGAAAUACCUCCCGCAUUGAAAUUUCAAUUUAUCGAACUUCAUCAAAUACUAAGGGCUUUGCGGAAUCAGGAUAUAGGCCCAGCUCUUUUAUGGACUGAGAAGCAUCGCUCCUUCCUACGCUCGCGCUCUUCACCUUUGGAGUUUUAUCUGCAUCGCUCACAAUAUAUCCGCCUUCUGCUUUCUUCCCACCCACCGGACCCCCUUCUGGCCAUCGUGUAUGCUAACGCAAACCUCAGACCCUUCUACAACGAACAUGAAUCUGAGUUCCAACGUCUAAUGGCCUGUGUUGCUUACAUGCCACUCUCUAAACUACAAGAAUCUACCUAUCGGGACCUUGCACAACCAUCUCUGCAUUUUGAUUUAGAGCCCUUGUUUGCGAAGGAGUAUUGUGCGAGCCUGGGCAUGAGUCGUCAACUGCCACUCCGGGUCGUCGGGGACAUAGGUGGGGGAGGUGCCUUGGCUAGGAUUGAGAAGGGAAAGAAAGUGAUGCGAGAAAGAAGGAGUGAAUGGAGUCAGUCGGACGAGCUACCAAUCGAAAUUCCGCUCCUACCAGAAAACAGAUAUCACUCAAUUUUCGCGUGUUUAGUUUCAAAAGAACAAUCAACGGAACAUAACCCGCCUAUGAUGAUGACUUGCGGUCACGUCAUCUCCAAAGAUAGUUUACAAAAGCUAAAUAAGGCUGGAGGACGUAGCAGUGUCAAAUGCCCAUACUGUCCAACAGAAUCACAAUUCGGCUCAGCUUUACAAUUAUUCUUCUAA